GGGGGGCGGGACUUGCAAACAGACAUAAUUUUUUAUCAACGUUUUUACCCCUCUCUGCUCGCUUGCCCCUCUCAACAAGUUACAUUCAUUUCUACAGGAGGCAAAAUGGAGGGGACGUUCGAUAAAGAGAAACCAGAGUUGGAAUAUAAAAAUCCCAAUGAUAACCAAGGUGGGAUCCAGCGGCGGCUAAGAGACAGAGACCUUCUCAAGAAAAGAAAGGCAGAGGCCGAGGAGAAGGCGAUUAACCAGUGGGUUUAUGGGCUAGAGAGCAGGAGGAAGAGAGCGAGGGGAAGAGAGGAGAAGAGUAGCUCGGGAAGACGAGGAAGGCCGAGGAAGACUGAUCCAACACCGGAGGUCCCAGCUUCCCAGGAAGAGCCAGAACAGGAGGCUGUCAUUGUAAAGGUGGUGUCCAAACCAGUGGAAGUCACCCCUGCCCCUACCUUGAUCUCACUAUCCCCAUUCCUUCCGGUGGACCCUGGCCCGCCAGAAUCACUACCGGCGUAUGUUCCCCCCGUCUCAGAACCUAUCCCUAUCCUUGCCCCUGCUCCUGUGGCUGUUGUUGCCCCUUCUCCAAUGUAUAAUAACCCUGUUACUGCCCCUGCACCAUCCCUGUCGGAGACCCUGUACACUGAAGGCAGUGACCAGGGUAGUGACACCCUGGACCAGGUGCUGAUUGAGGACUUGGGUCCUGAUGAGAAGGAAGACAUCCCUCCAUCUCAAAACAACUGGGGCACUGAUCAAGGGUCAAGUGAGGAGCCGUCUGUCAAUGUGCCUGAACAGAAUAGAGUGUUCUCUACGUUCCCCAGGUUUUACACGGGUGCUCCUUCACAAGAUCAUCCACCAAGAAACGUCUUCUGAAAUCCACUCAGAUCUGGCCUCUGAUAACAUACAGACAGAUUACAUGCAAUGUAAUCUAUUCUGUCAACAUGUGCAUUUGAGAGGUGAUGCAGUUUAGCCUUACUGGUUAACUCAUCUUUGUCAUUUUGAGCCUGAUAGAGUAUGGAUAUGAAAUGUAAUGUACAAUGAGAUGCAUAAAUUCCAGCUUUAAACCGACCCAUGGAUUUAUUUAUUUUUGCUUCAUGAAUGGUGUCUAAAUUUGUUAUGUUGCAAGAACUGAAUUGUCUGUAUUUAAUACAUGAUUUGUAAAGCUAAAUAUGGCAGCAUUUGAAAGUGCAUUUGUAUUUAAUCAUUUCUGGUAACUGUGUUUUCUAAUUGUGAUUUUUACAUUUUUUAUACCAAUGGUUUAUUUCAGAUAAGCGCUAUGAUAAUAAAGGUGUGAUGCUUUGUUGAUAAUA